UUACACUUGUUGUUGAUUUAGUUCGAGACCAGCUGCCCGCCGGAAUUGCGAGCAGGAGUGUCAUCGUGAAGAGCAAUUAGACCAAUUAAGAGCUGCGAGGUUUCAAGUGAUUCCAUUACGUUCGCACCCACCAAUUGAAGCAGUCGAGAUUGGCACGUCCGUCCGAUUGCCAGCUUCUUCGUCUUGUCCGCCUCUCAUCGCUUUGCUCAAAUGGCUUUGAAGCGAUGUUUUUUCGCUUUUGUUUCUUUGUGGGUUUGCUCGGGCGACAACGGCACUGCUCUCACUCUCCAGCGGCGUGCCGAUGUGGUAAAGAGUGUGCAUGGUGUGAAUAGCGGCAAGACUCAUAAAGUGGUCGACAAAUUCACGAAUCCGAUGUUGAACAAAGACAGAGGAAUAAAGGAACCGCUGGGUGGAGUGACUGGAAUUCGUCCAUCAGGAAACCCUGUCAAGUCCUCAGUAGACGGUGAAAACUUCAGUAAGGGCAAGCCUGGACUACCUAGAGUUAUAACCGAACCGGUUGAUGAGUUAACACAUUCUUGUCCUGUUUCUACAUUCUGGCACCCAAUACAUGAACGGUGUCUUUCAUGUCAGCCUGCUGGUAAUGACUGUCCUCACAACUCUAGCUGCUGCUGUCCUGGCUUAAAGCAAAUUGGGCUCAUCUGUAAAGCUGUGAUGUGCAGUUCAACAGAAGUAAGCGAUAAUUGUCGUUGUGAAAGACACAGUGAGUGUGACGUGUCUUGCUGCCGAUAUAAGAUAUGCCGGAAUUGUUCAGAUGCAUUCGCAAAAGUCAAAAAUGGCAAUUUGAACAACAGGAAUAAAACUCAGUUUCCAGUCUGGCCUCGUACAACUCCAAGGUCUUUCUCAAAGUUUUGCAAAGAUGAGCAUACUAAAAUGAGCAGUCCUGUCAAUAAGAGUUGCUGUACGUCACAAGCUGACUGCUCUGAUGAUGAAUGUUGUGUGUUUAAAAAUGAUUCAUGUGGCCCCGGUGUGUGCAAACGAUCAUGUAAAGGCAAACUUCUUGAACAGCCAGAAGGGUGCCCAACUAUUUUUUCCACAACAACAGCACCUGAUAGUGUUAUUCCUUCUACGACAACAAAACCUCAUCGUUUGGUGAGGUGUAAGACAGAUGCCAAGUGUAGCAAAGGCUAUUGUUGUGUAAAGACCAAUAACAGUGUACGAGGAGUUUGCAGUCCAUGUCCCACUGUUCCAUAUGAUUUGGUCAUUGAUUUCGUAAAUCAAUAUACCAAUUGUUCACAAUGCCCUGUAGGAAUGAUAUGCAUUAAUGAUGAGUGCAGAUUUCCAUCAUGUUCAGGUGUUCCACCACCUAAGCAGUCAUGGAACAAAUAUGAAAAGAAUUGUUGUAAGGACAAGGCUGUGUACUGUGGUGAAACUAAGUGCUGUCGUGUGUUGUACAACAGUUCUGUAGCAGUUUGUCAUAAGUGUGAAAACAAUGAUCCAGUUAGGGAAAGUGGGCGAAGCCUGAUAAAACCAAGUCCACCACAGCAGUGUCGUAAGAAGUCUGAUUGUGAUGUAGCUGGCCUGUGCUGUGUAGCAGUGGCUCCACGACAAGGCAAGGUCUGCUCAACUUGUGACAGUGAUCCAGCAGCAGUGGCUACUCGAGAUUUGGACAAUAAACAGCAGGAUGAAUGUAGCACUGACUCUGAUUGUGGUGACAAAAAAUGCUGUGUUCUGAAUUCAAAGGGCAAUAAAAGAGUAUGUAAAAAGAAAGGGUGUCCACCGGAGUCAAACAUUCAACAUGGCAGUGAGUCCAGAGAUGAUGACACGUUCAGCAAUGAUCAAAUCUGCACAUCAAACAACGAUUGUUCUCUUGAAGAGUGCUGUACACUUGUUGCCAAUUCAGCAAGUAACCUAAGGGUUUGUAAGCCGUGUUUGGCAGUCUUCGCACGACGGCAAUACAUCAAAGCGAUGCCUUGUUCAAGCGAUGAUGACUGUUUACCUAAGAAUGGUUCAACUUUUUGCUGUACGCAUCAUCCAUCUUUAUCUCGGGGCCAAAAACACUGUGUCCGUCGGGGAAAGGCAGAGUCUGUAUGCAUUGUUGGUAAUGUACCUACAUCCAAGUUUACCUGCUCUUGUCAGGUGGGACUGAGUUGCCUUCCUGCUGCUGUGCAAUAUCAGGGACUGGAUGACAUUGGAGUUUGUGUGGACUUAAACACAAAGGUGAAUGAGGACGUAAACAUAGUUGCACCAAAGAAGGCAUCAAAUGUAAAGCAAACGUUGACAAAGAAAACUUCAAAAGAAGAAUCAAGAAAAUUGAAGGAAGCAGAGCGACUACAGCGACAGAAGGAGAAGCGUUUAGAGCGACAAAAACAAAAAGAAAAUCGCAAGAAGGAGAAAGCUGCCAAGAAGGGUUAGCCUUGCAAGUGAUUUACUUCUCGGGGUGUAUAAGUCACUGUGUGACUUAAUUUGUAGACAGAGUUCAAUAGGGAUAUGCAUAUCAUAUAGAGAUUGUGUGUGUAUUAUUGAUGGGUAUAGUAUACUUGGCAUGGAAGAUUUUGAAAUAAGAUUAGUUAAGCUAUUUUUUGAUUGUGAAGAAGUAGUGUAAUGAUCUAUGUGGAGGAAGUGCUUUAAUUAAUUAUGUAUGAUGAGGAUGCAACAGUAGCGUCUGAAUAAAGAUAGUAUUGAAUAUCUGGUCACAGAA